AUGAAAAUUCAUAACACUUGGUUUGCUUAAGCAACAUAUUUAGGAAUUAUUGGUGCAUUUGUUUUUGCUACAACAAGAUUUACAGUUCCAGAAUAUAGACUCUAUUAUAGAGUUGCCAAAGUUUAACAUAUUUGA